GUUUCUACAGUAUGCGUCACAUCAUAUACUGGUUAACGCCCGACUACUGGUGAGGUGUCGGCGAACAGUGACUCUAUAAGCUCUUAUUUUUAACCUCCUUCAAUCUGGAAAAUUAGCUAGUCACUGUUUAGUUAAGCUUUAUCCGUUAACGACUCUUGGCAUAAAUUAUUAUUGGUAUACCAGUAAGAUAACAACAAUGUCAUCUCGUAAAACUGCCGGCCGCCGUGGCACAAACAAGAAGCGUGCCCAACGAGCCACCUCCAAUGUCUUCGCUAUGUUCGAUCAGGCACAGAUUGCAGAGUUUAAGGAGGCAUUUAAUAUGAUUGACCAGAACAGAGAUGGUUUUGUAGACAAAGAUGAUCUGCAUGACAUGUUGGCAUCACUAGGUAAAAAUCCAACAGAAGACUACCUUGAAGGUAUGAUGAAUGAGGCUCCAGGCCCUAUCAACUUCACCAUGUUUUUAACCUUAUUUGGUGAACGACUUCAAGGCACCGAUCCUGAAGAUGUUAUCAAAAAUGCAUUUGGUUGUUUCGACGAAGAAAAUAAUGGCGUCAUUGCUGAGGAACGCUUACGUGAGCUGCUCACCACGAUGGGUGACCGUUUUACUGAUGAUGAUGUCGACGAAAUGCUGCGCGAGGCACCAAUUCGUGAUGGACUCUUUGACUAUGUGGAGUUCACACGUAUAUUGAAACACGGCGCCAAAGACAAGGAUGAGCAAUAAGUGGUCGAUGUUGGCAGAUUGUAUUGUUGUCUCCACCAAGUAUUUAUACAAAUAUUGUAAUUAAAAAAACAUACAUUUUUACAUGUAUUUCUGAGGUAUUUAAAGUAAUAGUUUAGUUCAAGCUAAAGUUUACAACUAUGUAUAUAAAGUGCAUUUCGAUCUAAACAUAUGUAGGUGGAAAUGUGAUAAAAUUGUGCAAUGGACAGUUAUCUGGAAUAUUUUUAUUCUUUUAAUACAUUUGUAAAAUAUAGUAUUGGAAUUUAUUGCAUAAUUACAUAGACAAACAUCAACCUGUCUGCCAUAUUUAUAUGAUAAUCUGGUAAUUAAUAGGAAAUAUAUAAGAU